UAAAAUUCAAAACUGAUGAUUAAAUACCUUAAUAAAUGUAUUAUUUAUUUAUUUUUACUUUUGGGUGGAAAUUCAUGUCAAUGUGUUAUUACACUUCUCCAUGAGAGAAUAUGGAUUUUCCUUUAAAAUUUGCCGAAUUUUAUUUUUGUUUUAUUUAUUUGAUGUGUGUUCGUCAGUCCUCCCGGAGCGCUGUGUGUUUAACCCGGGACCGAUACAUGUAUUCGCUGAUCAUUGGGAGGAGGUGUUCCCUGGCUGGAUCCCAUAUUAAUGAAGUUAAUGGUGCAGCUCCGGUGACAGCCGACUGCUGCAGACCAAUCAGAGCGCUCUGUGAUGGAAGGCUGCGUGUUUGAGGCUCUGCACGCACGAUCGGUUUGAACAACCAUGUCAGCUCCUCUUCUGACCUAAACCCGGGACACCUUUCGCUUUUCAUCUGCUUCUACCUCCCGGAGACACCUGCCAAAACAACAUGCCCGGCGCGACUCCGUCCUGCGUGGAUGUUUGCCUCUCGAACGGCGCGUUGGAUUCAAGCGGGGAAUUGCUCCAGUUUUCUUUUGCUUUCUGACAGAAACUCAUGAAUUCCUCCUCAGAGCGGCAGCUUUAUGGACUCGCGCAUUAGCUAAAUGAUGUCUAUGGGUUUCAUGCCCGACAGUGUGAACGGCUCCGAUCCCUCCAAGUCGGCCUUUCUGGAGUUCGGCCACGGACACCCGGCGCACCAGCAGCACUCCCCGGGACUCUCACACAUUUACCCCGUGCAUGGCCUCCACGCUGCGGGACAUUCUCAGCACGAAGGUCCCUUUCCUGGCAACGCGUCCUAUGGCCCCCCGCUGGGAUACGCCUACCCGGGCACGGUGAACGCUCACCCGCCAUCCGCGUACAUGACCCCCUACCAGCACAGCAGCCACAGCAGCGGCGGCCUGAGCCACAGCAGAUUAGAGAGGACAGAUCCCAACAAAUCCGGGAUGACUGAGAGCAGGGACGUCCGUCUGGUGAACGGCAAGGGGAAAAAGAUGCGGAAACCUCGGACCAUCUACUCCAGCCUGCAGCUGCAGGCUCUGCACCAGCGCUUCCAGCAGACCCAGUAUCUGGCUCUGCCCGAGCGCGCAGAUCUGGCUGCCAAACUGGGCCUCACGCAGACUCAGGUGAAAAUAUGGUUUCAGAAUAAGCGCUCCAAGUACAAGAAGAUCAUGAAACAUGGCGGAGGCUCAGAGGGGGAGCACCUCCACAGCUCCAGCUCCAUCUCCCCCUGCUCCCCGGCCUUACCCCAGCUCUGGGAGGUCUCCAUGGCGACCAAAGGAGCCCCGAUGCACCCGAACAAUUACAUGAACAGCUUUGGCCACUGGUACCCGAACCACCACCACCAUCCUCACCAGGACGCCAUGCAGAGGCCGCAGCUGAUGUGAAGUGAACGGACUGCCUGCAGGCGACAUGAACUCAUUUGUCCAGAGGAUGAACUUUACGGUUGCUCGUGCGUUUUGACUUCAGUUUUUGCUGCGAAAUUCAAAUUCGUGCAGCAAAAAAAAAAAAAAAAAAAAAUGUUUUGAAGCGUCAUCGGCCUCACGUCCUUAGAAUAUGGACUUUGUGUUUGAAGCUGAACUAGACACUGCAUAAAGGGACUGUCGUGAAAAUAUGUGUACGUGGAUUUAUUUCAGCGAAAGAAAGAAAGAAAGAAAGAAAGAAAGAAAGAAAGAAAGAAAGAAAGAAAGAAAGAAAGAAAGAAAGAAAGAAAGAAAGAAAGAAAAUCUUCCUGUCCGGAAGAAUAUUCCGCUAGGAGCAGUUUGCUUUUAAACACCUUACUGCUGUUUUCUAAAAACGAUUUUAAAUCAUUUCAGUGCAAUCUAGUUUUACUCUUUUGAUCCCGAUAAUGAGUUCAGUUUAAUGUUGUUGUAAAAGCAUCCGGAACCUUUAAGUUUGAGUUAUUCCAGAUUCAUUUACUGAUAUAUUUAUCUACAGUUAGUUGCUGAAACUGAUUAUCUCUCUCCACCUGCACUCCCAGAAACAUCUUUCAAAUGGAAAACAUUUGAUUGCGUUCUUCAUUUUUAUUUCUUUAUUUAUUUUAAUCGAGAUGUUCCAUCAAUGCAUUGACUCGUAUCUUUGAGAAUUUUCCUUCAUUUCAAAGUGAAACGACAUAAUCCAAGGUGCCGACUCUCUGCGCGGUGCUUAGGUUUGAUGUAGCUUUUACGCACGAAUCCAAACUCUUUAAAUAGUUUAAACGCAUUCAAACGAUCAUCUAACGGGGAUAUCUCGUCGUUUUUUAAUAGCUGGAUAUGAGCCUUUUCGUCUUCCGUCGGAAAAGAAACGCUUGCAUCUUUCUUUCAAUUUCGUGAGAGGAGAAGGGCGCAUGCUGAGCAGUCAGCUCAAACAACAAAAUCACUGCUGUCAUAAUACAGUGACAAACGAGUAGGCUAUCCCUUCAACAGACUGCGCACUGAUUUGCCAAUUCUUGCUGCUUGCAUACAGUUUAAUCAGGCUCAGACUGGGGUAUUUAUGUCUUCGCUGGUGCUCUUGAUUAAAUGGAGAGCUGAUUUCUGAUUAAUGAAGCUGAAAAGUGCGUUAAAGAGCCAUCCAGUGACUUUCUUUUUAUGUUUUUCAUUCAUCACCCCGAACAUUUCGGGCUGUCUGGCAAACAUUAGGAGCAAUUUGUCUGAUGUCACAUACAGGGAUUAGAGGAAUAACAAACUAUGCAUGCAGUUUUCCCCAAGAUGUUUACCCUAAUAUUAGUAGUAACUGCUCGGGAGUUCACUGACUUCAACUCUGGCACUGUUAAAACAAACUGUUAGAAUUUAACCAAUAAAAUCUGCGUACCAAUUAGUUUGUGUAGAUUUUAAGCAAGUAUUUUUUAUUUAAGAGCUAAAACACACGGAAAUGAAUGAGUAAAAUUACUCAACUAAUUCAAAUUCUAGCUAAUUAGGAUAAUUUUUUUCUCAACUCAUUUGACCUCCAAGGUUAAAAAAAAACAGAAGAGAAAGGCAGAAAACUCUGAAAAAUGUAAAAAGUUUUCUAUUCUUAGUAAACAAGGUGCCAGAGAUGAUCGCCAGAGAUCUGAUGAAGACUUUAGAGCUAUCACUUUAAUCAUCCUGGAUUGUAUAAAACAUUAGCUUUUAUCGCUCAUGAACCUUGUCUGUUUGAAGACUUAAUGUUGAAAAUUGGUCAGUUUCCAUCAGCAUUAACAACUUUCACUAGAUAAUACUUGACACAUCUUGGUUCUGUCAGCUAUUUGGCAUUGUAAUUUGACUUUGUGCUACAGGCUACAGCAGAGAACAGUAACCUGAUUGUUAAGUCUGAGUUGUCUCGUGAGUGAAUUUCUGUGCUUAAAAGUAUCGAAGAUUUCUGUAUUCGUUAAUGUACAGAAGAACCUGCUAGCAAGCUGAGCUUCUAAACCCUGAGCAGUAGUUGUUAGUGUGCAGAGCAGCUUAGCUGUGGUUGCCAGCUUUUCAAGACAACUUCAGGAUUGAGAAGCUAAGCUUGCUGGCAAGUUAGACUUUGCAAUCAGCAUUGUCACUAAACCAGUCUACAAACUUAAAUUAGUGUUCCAACACAGAAACUCUCUCAGCCAUAAGUCUUAUGAAAAUUCUGGACUUUUAGUUGUUAAUUAUUCAUGUAACCCAAAUAAACUUUUUUUUUUUUUUUUGCUGGACACCAAACACAACUAAUAAAUUGACUGACUGAA